AUGCUCCUCGCCUUCCCCAUUUGGAUGGAUCGAGAGAAAGCCCAAGUCAAUUUCAUGGCGCCAGACGCGCCUGCUCCGAUCGAUGUUAUUAUCAACGCUUCACCAGGCAUAGACGACGCUUUGGCCAUCCUCUCCGCUUUGAAGUGCCCGUCCAUUCGUGUGCUCGGUAUUGCCACGUCAUUCAGCCACUAUGUGACGUGUGAAGCUGCCACACGCAACGCUCGAGGCCUGUGCAUAGCAGCAGGUAGACCAGACACGACCGUUGUUCAGGGCGCCACAGCACCGCUCUCUACCGCACCAGCAUCAGCAGCAAGCACCCCUGAGACCACCGCAACCACCAGCGGCAGCAGCAGCACCCCUACCGCUCCCUCCCUGCCUGCAUGCUCCUCGUUUCUGGGCCCUGACGGGCUGGCAGGCGUGCAGCUGCCUGCUGCAACUCCAACAAUUCAACGGGGCGACCCCGCUAAUGGCAUCACUGAUACCUUAGACUCCACUCAUAUUGCUACUGUCGCUAGGGGGGAUGGAGAGGGGGCGGAGGAGCGGAGGGCGUGGGAGUGGAUGUGUGAGGAGGUGGAGAGGAGGCCAGGGCAGGUCACUGUGGUGCAGCUGGGACCCAUGACCAACCUCGCCCAGGCCCUCUCCCACCGCCCCUCGUUAGCAUCGGAGCUGGCGGCUAUCUGGGUGGUGGGUGGUUCAUUCUUCGCCAGUGGGGAUGUCAACGCUGCUGCAGAAGAAAGCGUGUUUGCAGACCCCGAGGCAGCGGAUCAGGUGUUGACGAGUGGAGCCAACAUCCAUGUGCUGGGACUCAACGUCACCACACAGGUCGCACUCACAGGUACAGACCUUACCUCCCUAUGCACGCAAGACACAGCAGCCCCUCCAGCAGCAGUCGAGAGCGAGCACGGCACUGCAUCCUCAGCAGCAGCGGCGUCUGUGGAGGCAGAUAAGAGCGAGAGCAAGAGCGAGAACGGGGCCCAGCAUGCAGCCUCGCCCGCACCAGCAGCGUCUCUGGUGGGGCGCCUGGUGCAGGCAUACAGGGCCCACCACCAGCAGUCCGAUCACAUGGAUGGAAUCUUCCUGCACGAUGCGUGUGCAGUGGCAGCAAUAGUUGCGCCCUCACUCUUCUCCUUCAAGCGAGGCAGCGUGCGUGUGGAGAGCACUGGGGUGGGCCGGGGAUGCACUCUCAUGGACUACUCGUUGAAAAAUUGGAACGGUCCCAACCCAUGGGUGGGGGUGCCGCCAGUGCAAGUGGCCAUGGCUGUUGAUGCUGCUGAGGUGGCAGCCACAAUCACCCGACUGCUUUUGUCUGUCGGAUGA